AUGUCACGGUUCCUGUGGUUGUUGCAGAUGUUCCGUGUCCAGGCUGAGGGAGUGGCUGCUGCGGUGGGUGCCUGUUCUGGGCUGGCUGCCUCGGUACUCCAUCAGAGACAACGCAGUGGGAGACCUGGUCUCUGGAUGCAGUGUGGGAAUCAUGCAUCUGCCCCAGGGAAUGGCGUACGCUCUUCUGGCUUCACUGAGACCAGUCUUCGGUCUGUACACGUCGUUCUACCCGGUGCUGAUCUACUUCAUCUUUGGAACCUCCAGACACAUCUCCAUAGGGACGUUUGCCGUCCUCAGUAUCAUGGUGGGGAGUGUGACAGAAAGGCUGGCGCCUGACGCUGACUUCAUUGUCAACGGAACUAACGGAACCCUGGGCGUGGACCUGGACUCCCGGGACGCCCUCAGGGUGAAGGUCGCGUGUUCUGUCACGGUCCUGACGGGAAUCUUUCAGAUUCUGUUGGGCGUAAUAAGGUUUGGUUUCGUGGUCACGUACCUGUCUCAGCCUCUGGUCCGCGGCUACACCACAGGUUCAGCUUGUCACGUCUGCGUGUCCCAGUUAAAGUACUUGUUUGGAGUCAGUCCCGCUCGGUACUCUGGUCCUCUGUCUCUCAUCUAUACCCUGGUGGACAUCUGUGGACGGCUGCCUCAGACUCAGGUGCCGGAGCUGGUGGUCAGCCUGGUGUCGCUGACCGUCCUGAUCGUGGCCAAAGAAAUCAACAACUAUUACAGGAAGAAGUUGCCGGUUCCCAUCCCCAUUGAACUGUUAGUUAUCAUAGCAGCAACAAUCAUCACCCACUUCUGUGAGCUCAGCACCAAGUACCACAUCGACGUGGUGGGGGAGAUCCCCAGUGGACUUCAAGCUCCCCAGGUCCCAGAAAGCACCUGGUUUUUACCAGUGAUUGGUGACGCCUUCGCUAUCGCAAUCGUGAGCUACGCCAUUAGCAUCUCCCUGGGCAAAACGUUUGCCCUCAAAUAUGGCUACAAAGUGGACAGCAACCAGGAGCUGGUGGCCCUGGGCCUCAGUAACGCAGUGAGCAGCUUCUUCCAGUGUUAUUCUGUCACCUGCUCUCUGUCACGCAGCCUGGUCCAGGAGAGCACCGGGGGCAAGACACAGGUUGCUGGAGUGAUUUCCUCCAUCAUCGUGCUCAUCACAGUUUUAAAAAUUGGGUCUCUCUUUGAAGACCUCCCCAAGGCCGUCCUGUCCACAAUAGUGUUUGUGAACCUGAAGGGAAUGUUCAGACAGUUCAUGGACGUCCCACUGCUGUGGAGGACCAACAGAGUGGACCUGCUGGUGUGGCUGGUGACCUUCGUAUGUACCAUCCUGCUCAACCUGGACCUGGGCCUGGCCGUCUCCAUCGCCUUCUCCAUGUUGACGGUCAUCUUCAGAACCCAACGACCUCGUUACUCUGUGUUGGGUCAUGUGCCAGGGACUGGGGUGUACGUGGACACUGCCACCUACAGGGGGGCCAGAGAGAUUCCAGGGAUCAAAAUAUUCCGCUCAUCGACCACCGUGUACUACACGAACGCAGAGAUGUACAUGGAGGCCCUGACGGAGAAGAGUGGAAUUGAAAUUGGAAAACUGCUGAGUGCCAAGAAGAAACGAAACGAACAGAUGAAGCGUGACCUGGAAAAAGAGAAAAAGAAGGCGAAGAAGGAGAAGCAGAAACAGACAAAGUGGGGGGGGCACCAGGCCAACGGCGGCGUUCCAGUGACGGAGCUGAACGAAGGAAGCAGAAAAACCGCCACAGAAACUUCUGGAAACCCUGCUGACGGAAAGGUUAACUGGGCUUAUCAACACGAGACCACCAUGUUGGACUCGGACUCGGACACAGGUUGCCAUGGCGAUGACAUCAUAAGCCACAUAUCAGGCCGCAGUGAGGAGGAAAAGGGGCGGAGCAGCGGGGCGGACCCCCACAGCCUGGUCCUGGACGUGUCCACCAGCAGCUUCGUGGACACCGUGGCCAUAAACACAUUCAAAAAUAUCUUCAGGGACUUCGGGGAGGUCAACGUGGACGUUUAUCUGGCUGCCUGUCAAGCCUGUGUCCUGGAGCAGCUGGAAACGGCAGCCUUCUUCUCAGAGUCCAUCCCUAAGAGCCGGGUGUUUGUCACAGUUCAUGAUGCUGUGCUCCAUAUCCUGAAGAAGAAGAAGGAGCAGCAGUCGGACUGUUCUACAGUGGACGUUUCCUGCAGCACUCAGAUGUAACCACCAGGGGUCAGAGUGGCUCUCGCCAUUCCUCCUCUACUCCUCUUACCUCAGACCGCUGGCUGUUCCACCCCCACCCACCCUUCACUUGGGGGGAAUUACACACUUGGAGAUGUUGCGUGUUGCCAUGGAAACACAGGAAGUUGUUGCUGUGGCAAUGGUCAUUUAUGAAUUUAUGAUAUGGUCUAAGGAAACGGGUAGCACACAUCACCAGCUCCCUCCAUACAGUGGAGUGUGUGUGUGUGUGUGUGUGUGCGGGGGGGGGGGGGGCCUAGCUAUGUAGUUAUUGCUCAUGUGACAGGGCAGCAGGCGAUCAGGGGUCAACGAUGAAAUGAAAAUAUACUAUAGACACCAAUAUAAAAAAUACAGGUGACCACUAGGCGAACAGUGAGUGACAUGAGGUCAUGACCCCAUCAGUGUGUUCCUGUAGUAGUGGUUGUUGUCACCGCAGGAAGUGUGACUGUUGAACAGGGUUUUAGAACAUUCAGAACAAGACCACACUUUCAAUCUCUGUCCUACCAUUGGCUGAUCCAGGUGAAACAUUCAUUUUGUUCUC